UCCUAGGGUUUAUCGUCGUCGCAGACUCAAGUGAACGGCAGACGGCGACUUUUUUCAUGACCUAUCACAAUGAGGAAUAUAUCGGUUUCAAAAACAUAACCACUUCAUCUUCAUAACGUCAACGUAGGUGCCUCUGGUUCGUUUUCACUUUUCCGCCUCAUGAAAAGAUCAGCGGCCGCAGCAACAGGAAGUGGCAAAUACAAAAUCCGCCGUACAACCAAUCACGUUGCGAUUAGUGUUUCAAGAAACACAAAAUGCGACAAAGUGCUUCGGAAACAUGAACCGUGGGACUUGGCCGAGGCCUCGACCAACGGCAGCAGAUCUGUGUGCAGCGAUGAGGAGAUAGUGACAUUAGAGACACUAACUUCCUUCUGCGAUAUUUGUAUUUCCUUUCCACGAUUGUCUUCACACUCAGGUCAAAGUUUGCGCGUCACGCAGACUUCGCCGUUGUUCUCUCUUUCCUCUGCAGCAGUACUGUUCCCCGACUGGGCCUACAAGCCGGCCUGGUCUCCGGGCUCCAGGCAGGUGCAGCUGUGGCACUUCCUGCUGGAGCUGCUGGGCCGCGGCGAGGGCGGAGCCAUCGGCUGGGGAGGCGAGUGGGGCGAGUUCGUCAUCCGGGACCCCGAGAGGCUGGCCCGGCUCUGGGGCGAGAGGAAGGGCAAACCGCACAUGAACUACGACAAGCUCAGCCGGGCGCUCAGAUACUACUACAACAAACGCAUCCUGCACAAGACCAAAGGGAAACGGUUCACCUACAAGUUCAACUUCAGCAAACUCAUCCUGGUGAAUUAUCCAGGAUAUCCAGCACCAGCACCAGCACCAGCGGGCCAUCAGCUGGUGCAGAGCGGCGGCCCCCUCCCCUUCCCCCUCCUCCGGGCCGAGAGCGGCCUCCCGCUGUGUGGAGGCGCGGGGUCAGUGAUGGACCGAGCGGUCCCGGCCGUCCCUCACCCCUUCCUGCUGCCGACGUGCUGCCUCCCUAAGCCAAUCCCGACGCCCCGCGCCCUCUACAGCCCCUUCCCCUACAUCCCCUCCUCCGCCCCUGCGCGCCCGGGGGCCAACCUGAGGGAGCCAGGCCCCCCGUCCCUGGCCCCCUCGACCCGCCACGUCAGCACCGCCGCUGGCUGGUCGCACAAGAUGCCCCCCGCGGGCUGGGAUCUGAGCCACGUCGGUCGGAGCCUGGCGAGGAAGACGGACAGUUCAAGGAGAGGAGAGGAGGACGGGGAGUGACCCACACUCGGGGGAGAGAGAGUGAAGGAGGAGGAACAAACUGCAACAGAUUGGACUGCGACCCCUCCUCAAACACACACACACACACACACACACACACACACACACACACACACACUCUCUCUCUCUCACUUUGUGUCCUUUUGAACUCAUUAUACAGUAGUUUACAAUCAGCUGCCUGUGAUUCAAUACACACAGACUUUGUAUUUAUUGAGUUGGACAAUGUUGUGUUUUUUUUAAUUAUUAUGAAUUGAUAUGUUGUGGAGAGACCCCUGCUGUUCCCCUCCUCGUGCCACAGUGGCAGCCGGGGAAUUACACUUGUAAACAAUUAACAACGUGGCACUUGUGUUUGAGUUAAUAAAAGCAGUGCACUCAGCGUAUUUACAUUA